AUGGCGGAGCGUUACAUCCCAGAACACCGUCGCACCCAGUUCAAGGCGAAGAGCUCCUUCAAGCCAGACGAGCUCCGUCGUCGCCGCGAGGAGCAACAAGUUGAGAUUCGGAAGCAGAAACGCGAAGAGAACCUCGCAAAGCGGAGAGGUAUCCAGACUCGCGAUGGCGGUAUCGGUGUGGGCGGAGACUCUGCGCUCGGUGCUGAAGAUAGUGAUGAGGAGGGUGGAACCAUUGAGAGUGAGCUGAACGUCGAGCUCCCAGAGAUGGUCAAGGGUGUUUUCUCCGAUCAAAUCGAUCUGCAGAUUCAAGCUACCACCAAGUUCAGAAAACUUCUUUCCAAAGAACGGAAUCCACCCAUCGAGCGCGUUAUUGAAACCGGAGUCGUUGGCCGUUUCGUCGAAUUCCUGCGUUCACCCCAUACUCUAGUCCAGUUUGAGGCUGCUUGGGCGUUGACAAAUAUCGCUUCCGGAUCAGCACAGCAAACCCAGGUCGUCAUCGAAGCUGGCGCUGUUCCUAUUUUCGUUGAGCUUUUGAGUAGCCACGAACCCGACGUGCGGGAACAGGCUGUUUGGGCGCUGGGUAACAUUGCUGGUGACAGUCCUCAAUGUCGCGAUUUUGUCCUUGGUGCAGGAGCUCUUCGUCCUCUCCUCGCCUUGAUUGGCGAUGGCCGCAAACUCAGCAUGCUCCGAAAUGCUACAUGGACGCUGAGCAAUUUCUGUCGUGGAAAGACUCCCCAACCUGACUGGCCAACGAUCCUCCCCGCUCUUCCCAUUCUGGCUAAAUUGGUAUACAUGCUUGAUGACGAGGUCUUGAUCGACGCUUGCUGGGCUAUUUCCUAUCUUUCGGACGGAUCGAACGACAAAAUCCAGGCCGUGAUCGAAGCAGGUAUUCCUCGUCGGUUGGUGGAACUGCUGAUGCAUGCCUCCACAUCUGUCCAGACCCCAGCGCUUAGAUCUGUUGGCAACAUUGUCACUGGUGACGACGUUCAGACCCAAGUGAUCAUCAACUGUGGCGCUCUUCCCGCCCUUCUUUCUCUACUCAGCUCCACCAAGGACGGUAUCCGAAAGGAGGCUUGCUGGACCAUUUCAAACAUUACAGCUGGCAACUCUACCCAAAUUCAGGCUGUUAUUGAUGCCAACAUCAUCCCUCCGCUGAUCAACCUUCUGUCAAACGGCGAUUUCAAGACCAGAAAAGAAGCCUGCUGGGCCAUUUCAAACGCCACAUCAGGAGGUCUCCAGAAACCAGACCAAAUACGCUAUCUCGUGUCUCAAGGAUGCAUUAAGCCACUUUGUGACCUUCUUGCAUGCCCAGAUAACAAGAUCAUUCAAGUUGCCCUCGACGGCCUGGAGAAUAUUUUGAAGGUUGGAGAGAUGGAUAAAGAAGCGGCCCAGAUGGGUGAGCCCAGCGUGAAUCGCUAUGCCCUCUUCAUUGAAGAAGCUGGCGGCAUGGAAAAGAUCCACGACUGCCAAAACAACGCGAAUGAGGAGAUCUACAUGAAAGCUUAUAACAUCAUUGAACGGUACUUCUCAGAUGAAGACGAGACUGGUGCUGAUAUUGACGAACUUGCACCCCAACAGACACAGGCAGGCUUCACUUUAGGUACCAGCCAGCAACCAACCGGAUCCUUCAACUUCACCAACGGCGUAGAUAGUAUGGAUAUGUAA